CUUUGGUGGGCUUCCUGCUUUGGUCUAGCGCGUGGUCCCUGUCAAGAGUGCGUAAAGAAACGGCAGUCUGUUGCGCUCUUCAGCUGUGAACUCGCAUGACAUGAAGCUUUAGAAAUAAAACUCAUGGAGGAAAAUGUGGAUGUAAAGGCCCUCAGGGCCAAAUUUCAUGCUAAUUUAGAGAUGGUAGGUCCUGGAGGUGGAGCUCCCAUCAAACCUCACACAGCUGGUGUGUUGCCAGAGUCUCUAACCAAUGGAGUGCGCCGAAACAAACCUUUAGCAGUGUCGCCAAGAUCAAUCCUUCCUCUGAACUCUUCAAGCGAAUCGAAGAUGUUUGGUUUGGGUCCUCAUGAAGUGUUUCCAAGACCUCCUCCUCAUCGUGUAGGAGCUCAGGAGACUCCUAGAACACCCACUUCGGAGGUCAAUGUGACGAACAAAGUCAAACUAGCUGGAGAACUUCUUCAGAAUAAGGUGGUACUAAAACAACACAGCGAAAUGAAACUGUCUCCAACUUUCAAGCCACCGCUGCCGAGUCAGAGGAGCGUGUCGGAGGUUGCUCCCCUGAGGAAGCCACUUCCAAAUGUUGGGCUGCGGCCGACAAAGCCAAAACGACCUCCGUAUGUGAAUCUGGAUCAUUAUCGGAAAAAAAAAGCACCUGCUAUUCUUCCCAAAGGACACGUAGAAUCAAAAAGCCCCAAAGGACCAGCAAGACCUCCAAAUAAACCCAGCAUGCUCUCAUCAUCUUUUUCAGAAUUAAACGUGGACCCAGAGCAGGACACCUAUGAUGACAUAAGCACACUCCCACCACCUCCUCCUCCUCCCCCUAAACCCAGAAACUCUUGGACUGACAGUUACCCAUCUCAGCCUAGUGAGGACAGCGAUCAUGAAAUCUAUGAAGACAUAGACAAACCACCUCCUGUCCCUACCGAGAGGAAGCUUUCAAAAGAUGCUAAAAAGCAACUAGAGCUGGACAAAAAAGAACAGAAGGAAAAGCAAAAACAAGAACAUGAGUAUAGAAAAAGGUUUAAGCUGAACGGACCUAUUGAGGUGAUCCACAUGGCUCGCGUGAGAGAGGACUGGCAUGGCGGGAAGGAUGAUCUGAGCGUACAGCAGGGGGAGAGCGUGGAGAUCAUCCGUGUGAACAACAACCCUGAGGGGAAAUGGCUGGCACGAAACCUGGAGGGAAGCAUUGGCUACAUCAGUAAUGUCUGUGUGGACGUGGAUUAUGAGGAAGUGAAGCGGAAAAUCCGUCAAGCCACUCUCUCCUAUAUCCCUUCUGUAGGCCAAACCGUCGACCAGGAAUUGUACGAUGACAUCGGCUCCAGCAACGAACUCAACAGCAGUUUUCAUAGUGAUGAUGUGUACGAUGAUGUGGACCCGCUAAUGAAUGAAGAGUUUCCUCCCCCUCCACCAGAGAUCAGCCAUGAUCCAAAAAAGGCCAAGCUGCGUGAAAAAGAUGAGAAAGUGUUGCGAAAGAAGUUUAAGUUUGAAGGGCCCAUCAGAGUUCUUUACACCAUGAUGGUAGAUCCUAAUGCUAGUUUAAAGAAAGGUGGUAGCAAAGACCUGACAGUUGUCCGUGGAGAGAUUCUUGAGGUUCUCCAAAAGACUAGUGAGAAGAAAGCUCUGUGCCGUAACAAUCUAGGCAAAUAUGGAUAUGUGCCCCUGAAUUAUCUUCUGCAUGCGGAGGGUGAGAUCUACGAUGACAUUGACACUGCAUCAGAUAUAUAUGAUAAUGAUGACAGCUGACAUGCUAAGUGGCAAUACGAUGGUGACCUGAGAAAGUAAAGAGAAACUGCACAUCUUCCAUUCCCCCUAACAAAUGAAUGAAUCACACAAUUUAAAGACAUUGACUUUAGUUUUGAAUAUUGUGGAAAUAAAUGGGGGGAAAAUGUAUAGCAUGAUUUAACAUAGGGAUGUUUUUUUAUAUUAGUAUUAUUUUGCAUUAAAUAAUUUUUUACCUCUAAAUAUAUGUUUAACUCUGUGUUACCUUAUAAUGACUUUACUACAAAUGAAUGGCCCUUUUGUCAAUGGAGUAGGUGUGACUGUUAAUGUAUCCAAAUAUUAGGCUUCAUUGUGAUAUUGGAAAUUUGGUCUGGAUUCGAUUUGUACGUUUCAUAAUAAUUUUUUCAAAAUGUGCGAAUGACAUUGUGACAGGACGGAGGGCAGGCCGGGUCGUGAUUCUGCCCUCCCGGCCCCUAAUCAAGCUAAUCAAACCUCAGAGAGGGAUAAAGCCCAACUGGAAGCUGCAGUAUAACAGAGAGAGUGAUUUACGGACAGCUGUCCGACACUUGUGUGUGUUUGUCUUUUUGGUUCAGUUUGAUAUUAAAAUAUUUUUUAUAUUGUCAAGCCAGUUCUCGCCUCCUCCUUUCCCUUUAGCUCCCUUUACACUGGUGCCGAAACCCAGGAAAGAGGAGGAAUGUGCCGUAGAUUGGUCCUCGGCCACUCCUCCACCCUCUAAUGGACGACAGCCGUGCCUCCCCAGACGGAUUGGAGGCAGACAUCUGGCCUCUGGUGGAUAGAAUGCUCUGCUGCGUUUUUGGUGGAUGGUAGGGGUCUCCUCCGCCCCUGGCAGCAGUAACCGCUCUAGGCGGUUGGUUGGGAGCCCCCCACGUCGGCAGCCAUUACUCUGCUUCCAAGCAGCCGGGCUCAUCCGUCCUCCGGCGGAUGGCCGCGGCUGCUCCGUUGGGUUGGAUGGUAGUGGCAAUUCCUCCUCUUUCCUGGGUUUCGGCACCAGUGUAAAG